GCACGGAGAAGACAGUGGCCAUGGUCGCGGGGGGGUUUCCCGCUACGGGACGCAGAAGAGGAGCCCUUCCUGCCCAGGCACCGGAGCUGCUGGCGUAGCCCCUGGGGCCGGGAUGGUGAGCCACAAGGGGCUGAACGCCACGGACAGCCUGGAGUCCCUCUCCGUCCCCAAGCAGUUUGUCGCCCUGGAGGUGGUGGGUCUCCUCUGCAUGGUCCUGCUGACCCUCACCGCCCUGGUAGCCAACGCCGUGGUGAUGUUCGUCAUUCUCAAAACCCCCCUUCUCAGGAAGUUCAUCUUCGUCUGCCACCUCUGCGUGGUCGACCUCCUCUCUGCCAUUUUCCUCAUGCCCCUGGGGAUCAUCUCCAGCUCCUCCUGCUUCAGCAGGGUGAUCUACAGCAUUGCCGAGUGCCAGGCCUUGAUAUUCCUCAACGUCUGCUUCAUCAGUGCCUCCAUCCUCACCGUCUCCAUCAUCAGCGUGGAGCGCUACUACUACAUCGUCCACCCCAUGAGGUACGAGGUCAAGAUGACCAUCAGGCUGGCAGUGGCCGGAGUAAUCUUCAUUUGGGUCAAGUCUGUUCUCAUCACCAUCUUGGCACUGGUGGGCUGGCCUCAGGGCAACGGUGCCACCAGCGCCAGCCGCUGCACGGUCUACUGGAGCCCCGGGGCCCACAAGAAGGUUUUUGUCAUCCUCUUCAGCAUCGCCUGCUUUGUCCUGCCCACCAUCAUCAUCUUUGCCGUCUACUGCAGCAUCUACCGCGUGGCCCGUAUGGCAACCCUACAGCAGGUGCCUGUGCCAGCACAGGCAACUGUGCCAAGACACCGGGCCGACUCCGUUGCCAGCCAAGUGACCAUCAUCACCACCCGGAACCUGCCACUGCCCAGGCUGACGCCGGAGCGCUUUUUGGGCAGCAACAAGGCCAUCCUCACCUUGGUUCUCAUUGUGGGACAGUUCUUGUGCUGCUGGCUGCCCUUCUUUGCAUUCCAUUUGCACUCCUCUGUCGCUGCUGGCGCGGCGGAUGGCGGGCACGGGGAGAUGGUGGUCACCUGGAUCGCCUACUCCUCCUUCGCCAUCAAUCCCUUCUUCUACGGGCUGCGUCUCUUCCGGCUCCGGCGCAGCUGUUUCAACCGGCCUUUAGGCCAGGAGCUCUGCCUUUCCAUCUCGGAGGCUUCUGUCCAGGAAAACUUCCUGCAGUUCCUGCAGAGAGCGACUUGCACGCUGGAGACCCAUGCCAGCUGCAUCAGCCCCAGCCCCAGGAACAGGCUGGACCAGACCAGGAUGGACUUCCCCAUCCCGGGUCAGGUUCCUGAAGAGAGCAGCUGA